GGCCGGCGCCUGCACCCUCCGCGAUCGGAGGAAUGGCCAGGGAGCGUUGCUCCGUAGUGUUUUUCCAUCCUCGAGGACAACGCGCGCGAAAACGCGGCGACGAGAAGUGAAGUGGUGAGAUACGUGAAAGCUAAUUAUUAUCGCUUGACAGGAACGAUAGAUCGUGUCGCGCCGGCGGCCACAUUACUUUCGAUUCCGCCCUCGUGGGUUUGCCCAGGGACCACCAGGCGACACCGAGGAUCUGUGUUCGUGUGAUGGUGUCCGUACUCGCGUAUGGAUUUUCGACAUGGACAGCAAUCCCUGAGCAACGAGCUGCACUGCGAUAGCUUUACUAAGAUCGCCGGCGAAUUGGCUUACUUCGUCAAUAGACGGACCCUCCUGAAUGAGAGCUUUCGCGUAUCUCAACGGGAUACUCUCUGGUUGUCGUAAUCGCGGCGGCACCGGCAGAAAGGGUCGUCGCCACAAAAUAGAGAGUCACGCGUGAUCGUCUUUAUAAUCACGUCGGAGAAAUCAGCGGAAAACGAUACUCUUGGGCGAUGGCGAACUUCAUUAAUUCGACAACACAAUUUUUCAACGAUGCGUACGACUAUUACCUCUGGACUCUGUCCCUCGCAGAUGAAAGAUCGAGGGGCUGGCUAUUGGUUGAUUCGCCGAAACCGACGUUAAUAUACACAAUGCUGUACCUCUUUAUCGUCUGGGUGGGUCCUAAGAUCAUGAAGAAACGGAAAGCUUUCAAAUUAACGUGGGCUUUGGUGCCUUACAAUCUUGCCAUGGCCUGUCUCAAUGCUUAUAUUGCCAUUCAGUUGUUCGUAGGAUCAACAAGGUUACGAUAUAGUUACGUGUGCCAGCCUAUAAGGCACAUUACGCGUCCCGAUGAACUUCAGAUCGCUGACGCGGUUUGGUGGUACUAUUUUAGCAAGCUUCUGGAAUUUUGCGAUACGUUCUUCUUCAUUUUGCGAAAGAAGGACAAUCAAUUGAGUUUCCUCCACGUCUAUCAUCAUUCUACCAUGUUCUCGUUAUGGUGGAUCGGUAUUAAAUGGGUACCGAGCGGAUCCACUUUCCUACCAGCGAUGGUGAACAGCUUCAUUCACGUGCUGAUGUACUCGUACUAUGGACUCGCCGCGUUAGGUCCUUCGGUGACCAAGUACCUCUGGUGGAAGAAGUACUUGACAAUCCUCCAGCUCAUCCAGUUUACGACUGCUUUGAUUCUGGGAAUCAAUGGCAUUCGAUCGGGAUGCGACUUUCCUCUCUGGAUGCAGUACGCUCUCGUAAUUUACAUGCUCUCUUUCAUCGUCCUGUUCGGGAACUUCUACGCCAAAGCCUAUAUCGCAAAGGGUAAACAAGUGUACGCCGAGAAACGGCUUGAGAGGCUAAGAGCCAUGGAGAAGGCGUCGACGAGUACACAACUCGACGGUGCGAUCAGCAAUGGAAAGGUCGCGAAUGGACACACGAACGGAUACCUGAACGGCUACACGAAUGAUACAUCUAAGAAGAUCCAAUGAGGCGAUUCUCCUCAAGGAUGUCCCUAUCGGGAGAUCCAAUCUACGAUACUCGCGACGCAAGACGAAGAAGAAACAGUUAUUAUAGACAUUAGUCGGCGUCGGGCAGUGCGUCGUGAUCGACAAAAGUAGUUUAACAAAAAAAAAAUAAAUAAAUAAAAACGAAAAAGGGGCAAGGGGAAAAAAGAAAUGGAUUUUUCGCUUAGAUCCCGCACGUUAUCGGGUUUGUGCUUUCGCGAGGCGAAAAUUAGCACCGUGAUUCCAAAGUUAAAGGAUCAGCAUUUGUACAUUCGCGGCACCAUGCUGAUUCUAGCAACUGUACAUAUUAACGAAUAUUCACUGAAAAAGCGGUCUAAUACCGAAUGCGUUUUGUAGCGAUUAACGCGACGGACCUGCAAGGAUGAGAGUUCGCACAUGAAUAAAUAUGUAUGAAACUGAAGUGGAAAGAUUUAUAUAUUAUAUGAGGAGUCAGGUAAAUAUCAAAAUAUUGUCAGAAAAGUAAACGAUCUUUCUUUCAAGGGACAGUCAUAUAGAUAAGUUUUCAGUUUGUGAAAAUAAAUUUUUCCCUAAAUGUAGGAUUAGCCAGAAAAAUAAUUGUAACGGAAGGAGAAAGGUGCGUAUGUGUGCAUGUAAAUAAGUAAACGGACUGUCAGGGAAAAAAGAGGAGACGAAAAUGCGAGAUUUUUUUUUUUUAGGACGAAUGAAUGAUAAAUUUGUGAAAAAUAAUUGUAACGGAAGAUUAUCAUAAGAGGAUUGAAAGAGAGCUACAUUUCUUAAAAAGAAUUAAAAAUGAAAUUUAAUGCAACUUCAGUUUGUGAAAUUUUUGAUAACGAAAUGUAUGUGAGUGUGUGCAUAUAAAAACUUCUCGAUCAAACUUCGCAAGUGCCGUUUCGCGAACGAGCAACAGUAUGAAUUAAUAUUUAGAGGUCCCAAUUCGGAAAGCCUAUCACGCAGCUAUAUUCCUGAUUGAUCCGCACAGAAACGGGGAGAUACGCGAUACACGGAGGUUUGCCCGCUUUCGUCAAACUAUACUGCUACGUUUAAAUCAAAGAGGAUCUAAUUCUCUUUGGUUCAAACAUAAUACAAUCGACUGAUGAUUUCUAUUCGUUUUUAAAUUUAAUAAAAAAAA